AUGACAUCGAUAGGCACGGGCUAUGAUUUGCUCAACUCCAUCUUCUCUCCUGAUGGACGCAACUUCCAGGUCGAAUACGCAGUCAAGGCAGUAGAGAAUGGCGGCACCUCAAUCGGUAUCCGAGCUAAGGAUGGUGUCGUCCUAGCUAUCGAGAAGGUCGUUUCAUCCAAGCUCCUAAAACCCGGUGCCAACAAGCGUAUUGCAACUAUCGAUAGCCAUGUCGGAGCUGUAUCUUCUGGUAUGGUCCCUGAUGGACGUCACUUCGUUGACCGCGCUCGCGACGAGGCCCAGAGCUGGCGACAGAACUUCAAGACCCCCAUCCCCACAUCCGAUCUUGCCAGCCGCAUGGGUGGCUACCUUCAAGCCUACACCAUGUACGGUUCAGUUCGACCAUUUGGCAUCACCGCUAUCGUGGGCGGCUACGAUACUCCCGAGGAGACCCCUGUCGAUGGAGAGGUUGGCUCAGGACCCAAGGUUGGCGCUGGCGGCAAAGUCGAGGGCAAGCACGGCGGUCCUUUUCUUUACAUGAUCGAGCCCAGCGGUAUGUACUGGGGUUACUACGGAGCGGCUACAGGCAAGGGUCGACAGGCUGCCAAGGCCGAGUUGGAGAAGCUUGACCUACCUGCUGGUAACAUUACUCUAGAUGAAGCUGUGAAGCAGGCUGCGCGCAUCAUCUACAUUGCGCAGAAGGACAACAAGGACAAGGAUUUCGAGUUGGAGAUGACCUGGAUCAGUGGGCCUGACGGUCCUACCAAGGGACGACAUGUUGAGGUGCCAAAGGAGCUACGGGAAGAGGCUGAACGAUUAGCAAAGGCCGAGGACGAGGAUGAUGAUGACGACGACGACGAAGACGAGGAUGCAGAGGAUGACAAGAUGGAGGAUUAG